GCAGGGUGGGACAGUGGACUGUUUCAGAGACAGGUUGAAAAUCCUUGUGAAGACUCCAGCCAGCUUGUCAGCACAGUCCCUCAGCACCCGACCAGGGACGCCAUCAGGUCCCGCAGCCUUCCUGCAGUUGACGGACCGUGGGGUGUGGUGAUGCUGUCCCUGGUCGUGUCACCUCAAAGCGGGCAAAGAAGAGGUUCAACUCCUCUGCCAGAGCGGUGUCACCAUCAGCAGCUCCGAGGUCCUAGGAUUAUUACUGAGCAAGAACACAAUGGGGAUCAGUUCUUUGCAAAAAACUUCUCAGUGAAGACUGGGCCCUUCACACUAAAUUCUCCUCCUCUAACCACCUACAACCAGCAGCUAUGGCUCACCUGUGUGAUGCAAGCUGUACACAGCAAUGUGGGCGACUUCCAGCAGCCUUUCGAGAUCAACGUUACGUUGAAGGGAAGGAUACAGGACGCCAGCAUGAUGCACAUGAACAACGUGCACCAGAAAUCACGAACGCUGCACUGCGGGACUAAAUGUGAUGAGAUCAUUGUGUUGCAUCUGGGAUACCUGAACUACACCCAGUACCAGGCCGUGGUCAGCUUUAAAGGCCUUGAAAAUAUCACAUAUGACAUUAAGGUCAACUUUGUGUGGAAAACAUACAAUCCCACCUUUUCGCAAGUGGAGAUCUGGUUCCGGUUUGUCUUUGUGGUGUUAACCUUCAUGGUGACGUGUAUGUUUGCUCACUCACUGAGGAAGUUUUCUAUGAGGGACUGGGGCAUAGAGCAGAAGUGGAUGUCUGUCCUGCUCCCUCUGCUGCUUCUCUACAACGAUCCAUUUUUCCCGUUGUCAUUCCUGGUGAACAGCUGGUUUCCGGGAACAUUGGAUGCGUUCUUUCAGGCUCUCUUCCUGUGUGCCCUGCUGCUCUUCUGGCUCUGUGUCUACCAUGGCAUAAGGGUGCAGGGUGAGAGGAAAUGUCUGACCUUCUACCUGCCCAAGCUGAUCAUUGUGGGUCUUCUGUGGCUUUCUGCAGUUACUCUGGGCAUUUGGCAAACUGUCAAUGAACUCCAAGACCCUACCUACCAGUACAAAGUGGAUAUAGUAAACUUUCAGGGCAUGAAGGUCUUUUUCCUGGUCAUAGUUUGCCUCUACAUCCUCUACCUGAUCUUCCUGAUCGUCAGAGCUUGUUCUGAACUGAAGAACAUGCCUUAUUCAGAUCUCCGGCUCAAAUUUUUAACAGCGCUGACGUUUGUGGUCCUCGUUAUAAGCAUGGUCAUCCUCUACUUAAGGUUUGGUGCCAAGGCUCUCCAAGACAAUUUUGUGGCUGAAUUGUCUACUCAUUACCAGAACUCAGCUGAAUUUUUAUCCUUCUACGGCCUACUCAACUUCUACUUGUACACGUUGGCUUUUGUGUAUUCCCCCUCCAAAAAUGCUCUUUAUGACUCCCAGUUGAAGGAUAAUCCUGCUUUCUCCAUGUUAAACGACUCAGAUGAUGAAGUAAUAUACGGGAGCGAUUAUGAAGAAAUGCCUUUACAAAACGGACGUGCUAUUAAAGCAACCGCCAAAUACCAGGAUGAGACCGACAGUGACUGACGGACCUCUGAUCACUCCGCCUCUGUGUCCCUCUCAGAAAUUAUGAGAAUACAAUACAACCGUCAUGCGUGUGUUAGAUAAGGAGUAUUUGCAUUGGUGGCACAAAACGAAUAAGUGUAUAUAAAUAUAUUUUUAAAAAGCUCCAUGUCUACUGAAUGUACUGUAAUUUUACUGAAAGUGGAGGCAUGUUAAAAUAUGUUCUUCUUUGUUCAUGCUUUUGGUCCUGUUGAAAGAAAAAUACUUAUCAAAUGGUACAAUCUUUAGCAGUUUGUUAAGUUUAUUUUUCCUUAACAACCAGCAUAUCUUCACAACCUGAUGGCUGUAAAUGAUCGGGAAAAGUGCUAAUACUAAUAGGGACAUUUUCGUGGGUGUUAUUUUUAUUGAUUUCUGUUGAACUACUGUUGUCUCCCUUUUCUUUAUGUGUUUUUUUUCCAUUCCUAAUCCGCUCUCUGACAGUUUGAGAAUAACGGGAGCGCAUAUAUCUGACUAAAGCGGAGUCAAAGAGGCUCAUGCUGCAGCAGCCAUAAGUUCACUCUAACAGCCAGCCCUGACAUGAUUCAUAAAAGGGGAAUUUAAGUGCCAUAGCAGUGUUGGUUGUCGACAAACCCUCUUUGUUCUCAGACGUGUUAAAAAAGAUACAGAGAGAGCCUUAACUGGAGUAGAAACCACUGACCUCUGACCACUCUUACCAAUUCUUUCCCUGGAAAGCAGCUUUGUAAUUGCACUUGUUUAAGGUUUUUUUUAUUUAUUUUGCUGAAAGUUGAUGACAUUUGAUACAGUAUUGUUUGAUGACCUGGAUGGGUGGAUUUUGAUGAAUCGCAUGACUUUUACACUUAAUGUGAAUGGACUAUCAUAUUAAACAUUUCUUACUUCGAUAUUAUUUUAAGUCAUCUGUAAUUUCUCCAAUACACGUUUCUAUAUGCCUAAAAUGGGACAUAUGCUGCCCCUUCUUCUGUUUUAUAAAACCGGAGCUUAUGGACAAAAAUGGCCAAAACAAAUGUAUUUUUGUUCUUUACAAUUAAUAUCACUACAUGUAUUCUUAACAAGAUGGUGCCUUGUCUUUACAUCACUGCUUUCUUCUAAAUGGGCUGCUGUCUCUAAUUUGUAAAUGCUUUGACAUACAAUAUAUGUACAUGUUUGAUUCUUUCAGUGUGAAUGUAGUUUUUGUUAGUUUAAGGCGGUUAGAUGGGGUUGUUGUAGGUCCUGAUAUGUUGGAAGUUGUUGCAAUAUCUGUUGCUUCAUGAGAUGAAAAGCUGUACAUGUAGCACUCUGUCAUGUCACUUGUAAAUAAAGCAAAGCAUA